AUGACCUUAGUGUACCUUAUAACCGGAGCCAAUCGUGGAAUUGGUUUCUCUUAUGUUAAAGAAUUAUCAAAAAGACCAGAUGUGAAAAUUAUUGCAACCACCAGAAGCGUUGAAAAUUCAACUGAACUUCUUCAAUUGAAGGAAGAGACAAAGAAUAUCGAAAUUGUCAAGCUCGAUGUUAGUUUGGAAGAGAGUGUGGAUGCCUUGGAUGAACAAUUGAAGGAAGUCGCACCAGAUGGAAUUGACAUCUACAUUGGAAAUGCUGGAAUUGCGCAAGCCGGCUUUACAGUUAUUGAUGCUCCCCGUGACGUCUGGGUUAAACACUACAAGACCAAUGUUUUGGGGCCAAUUUUAGUGUUCCAAGUAUUGUAUCCAUAUCUUUUGAAGAAAGGUACAAGAAAGGCUGUAUUUAUUUCAAGUGUUGCCGGCUCAAUUGGCGGUUACCUUGCCUAUCCUAACUCUGCCUACGGUCAAUCCAAGGCAGCCUUGAACUACUCUGUAAAGGAAAUUAGUAGCGAGUUAGAUGCCGAAAAUUUCACUGUUCUUGCAUUGCACCCAGGUUUGGUCAAAACCGACAUGGUUAAAAAACUAUUAGAAGGUUUGGAUAAGGAAAUGCUCAAGGCGAACAACAUUAAACCAAUUGAACCAGAAGAUAGUGUACUUCAACAGCUUGAAGUCAUCGAUAAAUCAACAAGAGAAUCGAACGGAAAGUUCUUUACUUACGAGGGUGAAGAGUUUCCAUGGUAG